AUGUCACAAAUUACAACUGAUACAGUUCCUUCAACGGAACUAUCAGAAGUAGAUAUGGCUAUGCUAGCAAAGACACGAUCCUCUGGGAUUUCUUUCAUACCGCCAGAGACUCAUGAUAUGGUAAGAUCAUUAUUUGAUCCAACAAUUAAAAAAUCAUUUUUAGAAUUAUGUAUUACAUCUGCUUUAUUAUUAAAUUUUGUUUUUGCUUAUUAUAGUGUUCAAUGGUUUGGUAGAUCAUUUACACGUAAAUUAUACAUUUUACAAUAUGUAUUUUGGAGAUUAUGUUAUAAUGGUGGUAUUGGUAUUGUAUUACAUUAUCAAUCACAUUAUGAAACUUUAACAAAAUGGGCUAAAAAGACACAAAUUUUUAAUAAGAAAAAUUCAAGUUUAUUAGCACGUUUUUUACAAUUUGAAGUUGGUGCAAAAUUACCAUCAAAAAAUAAAGUUUAUGAAUAUCCUCCAGAAUUAACAACUUGGUUAUUAUUCCGUCAAUUUGUUGAUUUGAUUUUAAUGCAAGAUUUUGAUACUUAUAUUAUUUUUGUAUUUCUAUCUUUACCUGAUACAAAUUUAAAUGUUUUAUUUAAUUGGAAGUCUGUAUUAGGUAUAGUAUUAAUUUUUUUCAAUGUUUGGGUUAAAUUAGACGCUCAUCGUGUUGUUAAAGAUUUUGCUUGGUAUUGGGGUGAUUUUUUCUUUCUACAAACAAAUUCACAAUUAGUAUUUGAUGGUGUAUUUAAUAUUUCACCACAUCCAAUGUAUUCAAUUGGUUAUUUGGGUUAUUAUGGUCUCUCUUUAAUUACAGGUGAUUAUCAAGUUUUAUUGGUUUCCAUAUUAGGCCAUUUCUUACAAUUUUUAUUUUUAAAAUAUGUUGAAACUCCACAUAUUGAUAGAACAUAUGGUCAAGCUAAUGAUAAUAAUGAUAGUAAUACUCCGGCAAGUAUUGAUGAUUUAAUUGCAAAGGAAAAUUUUGAUUAUUCAAGACCUUUAAUAAGUACAGGUAUUUGGUUAAACAAUUUUAACAAAUUAAGAAUUUCAGAUUAUUUUACUGUGACAACUGUUUUAACCAUUAUAACUUGGUAUAUUACUUAUAAACCAUCAUGUUUAACUUUAUUCAUUUUAACAUUUUCAAUUAAGUUUUUUGAAUGGAUUAUCGUUAGUACAAUUCUUUAUAAACAAUCAGAAGAUAAAUGGUUUACAAAAUUAUUUAUGAAAAAUGGUUAUACUCAAUUAUACUCAUUUCAACAAUGGCAAUUUAUUUACAAUUUUUCAUUAGUUAUCUCAUACACUUUAUUAACUAUUCAAACUAUUAAUAAUGUUCAUAUGAUACCUUUCAAAGAAGAAAGUUAUACUCAAUUAAUCUUUGGUUUAUUACUAUGUGCUUUACAAGUAUGGUGUGAUACAGAAAUUAGAGAUGCAAUUUCUGAUUUUGGUUGGUUCUAUGGUGAUUUCUUUUUAUCAAAUUAUAUUACAUCAAGAAAAUUAACUUCAGAAGGGAUUUAUCGUUAUUUAAAUAAUCCAGAAGCUAUCCUUGGUGUUGCUGGGAUUUGGGGUACGGUAUUAAUGACAAAUUUUGCUAAAGAUAAUAUAAUUCUAGCAAGUCUAUGGACAUUUUCAAAUUUUAUGUUGGUUAAAUUUGUUGAAACUCCACAUAUGGAAAAACUUUAUGGUAAUGAACAAAGAAUUAGUGGUGUUGGAAAGACUUUAUUAUCCUUAAAACCUUUAAAACGUGUAUCAGAGAUUGUUGAUAAUAUUGAACAUAUUAUUAUGAGAUCUAUCUUAAAUAAUAAUGAAAAUCAUCCAGUGGUAACUACAACAACUACAAGUUCACAGAUUACAAAAGAUCAUGAUGAUUUUAAUAAGAGAACUAAUAAUGCGAAAGAUUGGGAAAAUGUGAUCGAAAAUGCAAUUAAAAAUGUUACCUCUAGAUUAACACCGAAUUGUGAAUUUGAAUUGAAUUUAGCAAAUGAUGAAGAAGCUUGUUCAGUGGUUCCUGAUCCAAUUGAAAUCGAUUGGAAAUUACCAACAGACCUAUAUGAUGACAACGAUUGGAUUGGUCUUUAUAAUGUCAUAAGUACCAGAAAUAAUCGUGAGUUUACUCGUGUCCCAUCUUUUGGACAUUGGGUACAUACUAAAGAUCAUGUUGUUGAACGCACAGAUGAGUUCAUUCGUGGUAAAAUUAUUUUCGAUGCUUCAUUAUUAAAUUAUGAAGUAGGAAUUUAUGAAUUUAGAUAUCAUUCAAAGGAUACACAUAAAGUAUUAAUGAUCUCAACUCCUUUCCAAGUAAGAUUACCUGAAUUGGAUACCUCUACUGAAAUAGCUUUAAGAGAAUCUCUGUUAGCGUUUUUACAAGCAGCACAAGUAAUUAAGGAUGGAAAAUUCUUCGAUUAUGAUAAUGGUAACAAAUAUUUCAAUAUUAAAUCUUUACAAAGAGUUAUUAAAAAUAGUAUUGGUGUGGAAUUAUCUAAUGAAUACAUUAGAAAGGUGAAUGGCGAUGUAGACGUCAUGGCUAAUAGAAUUUGGGAUAUAAAGAAAAUCUUAGAUGACUUAGAAUAA